ACCGGAUGUAUCUGGUUAUAUCUAGCAGCGCCACCUAUGUCGGAAGGUCAACAGUGUGCUUCUCAGAUAACUUACACCAGGUUUGGUCCGUACUACCAAGAUGGCGGACAGUGUACGUGGUACAGCACGUGUCCGGAAAUAGAAGAUAUAUGUUCGACGUGUGCCCAAGAAAACCUGGACAUAGUGAUCUGCCCUGUAGAACAGUGUCUCCUGUACCUGACCAACUACCAGGCGUACGGCAACAGAUGUGGGAACAUCGCCUGCGACAACCUGGCCAGGUGCAUGAGCUGCAUGGCCAACUGUAGCCUACCGCAAGUAGGUGUCGCCACCAUACCCAGCUACAGACUGUACUACACCAAUAAUAUCGGCUACUUCUACCGGAACGAAAUUUGA